UUGCCAACCGUCGAUUAACCUCAAAUAAGAACAACAAGCGACUGCAAGUACUUCCCAUUCUCAGGAGGGGACGUGGCCCUGCGGACUUGAUAUCAACCACUCAUGCAACGCUGCCUCACUCAGACUGUUGCACGGCACAGCAGUCUCCUAUUACGAAGUAAAUUUGCGUCUGUCCAUCGCCACCAGUCAGCAGCCAUGUCAAGUCUCCUCAUCAACCAGCCCAAAUACUCCUGGCUGAAAGAGCUGGGCCUGUCUGAGGACAACCCCGGUGUUUACAACGGGAGCUGGGGAGGCAGCGGGGAGGUUAUUACAUCAUACUGCCCCGCCAACAAUGAGCCAAUUGCCAGAGUAACCCAGGCCACUUUGGCGGAGUAUGAAGAAACUGUUCAGAAGACGAGGGAGGCUUGGAAGAUGUGGGCAGAUAUUCCAGCUCCGAAAAGAGGGGAGAUUGUGAGGCAGAUUGGAGACGCCCUAAGAAAGAAGAUUAAAGUUCUUGGGAGCCUUGUGUCUCUAGAAAUGGGCAAGAUCUAUGUUGAGGGAGUGGGAGAAGUUCAGGAAUACGUUGAUGUCUGCGAUUACGCUGUUGGUCUGUCGAGAAUGAUUGGUGGGCCCAUCCUGCCUUCAGAAAGACCAGGCCACGCCCUGAUCGAACAGUGGAACCCAGUCGGUCUCGUUGGCAUCAUCACUGCAUUCAACUUCCCUGUGGCGGUCUACGGCUGGAACAAUGCCAUCGCUCUGACCUGCGGCAAUGUCUGCCUCUGGAAAGGAGCUCCAACCACGCCUCUCACAAGUGUUGCUGUCACUAAGAUUGUGGCUGAGGUGCUGGAGCAGAACAACCUGCCGGGCGCCAUCUGCUCCAUGACCUGCGGAGGUGCUGAUAUCGGCACGGCCAUGGCGAAGGACGAGCGUGUGGACCUGCUGUCAUUCACCGGCAGCACCCACGUUGGCAAAUUGGUGUCCAUGAUGGUGCAAGAAAGGUUCGGUCGCAAGCUACUGGAGCUCGGUGGAAACAACGCAAUCAUCGUGUUUGAGGACGCUGAUCUGAACCUUGUGGUGCCAUCUGCUGUCUUUGCAUCUGUGGGAACCGCCGGACAGCGCUGCACCACAACCAGAAGGCUGAUGCUGCACGAGAGCGUCCACGACACAGUGGUUGAGAGGAUCACCAAGGCCUAUAAGCAAGUCCGCAUUGGAGACCCUUGGGAUCCCAGCACCCUGUAUGGACCCCUGCACACCAAACAAGCCGUGGAGCAGUAUCUGGCAGCUAUUGAGCAAGCCAAAAAGCAAGGUGGCACUGUGGUCUGCGGAGGAAAAGUGAUGGAUCGUCCCGGAAACUACGUAGAGCCCACCAUCAUCACAGGGCUGGCUCACGACGCUCCCAUUGUCCACACCGAAACCUUCGUCCCCAUCCUCUACGUCCUCAAGUUCAAGACAGAAGAUGAAGCAUUUGCCUGGAACAACGAGGUCAAGCAGGGCCUGUCCAGCAGUAUCUUCACCAAAGAUUUGGGACGGGUUUUCCGCUGGCUGGGACCAAAAGGAUCCGACUGCGGCAUUGUGAAUGUCAACAUUCCUACCAGUGGAGCUGAGAUCGGAGGAGCCUUCGGAGGGGAGAAACACACAGGGGGUGGAAGAGAGUCGGGCAGCGACUCUUGGAAGCAGUACAUGAGGCGUUCAACCUGCACAAUAAACUACAGCAAGGAUCUUCCUCUGGCCCAGGGAAUCAAGUUUGAGUAAAGCCAUAGGUGGUUUGUUGAUUAAGCGUUGAUAAUCCCAAAAGAAAAACAAGAAAUGUUUUUUACUGGCUUGUCAUUGCAGUUUUGUAUUCAGAAAGGUCAGUUUUUCAGAAUUUGAACAAGAUUUGGUAUAAUUUUGGAUCAGUCUCAUUAGUUUAGGGUCGAGGCUUUAGAUACGAAUCCUAGAUUCACAAUGACAGUUUGAAAGUAGUUCAGUGUUAAAAGUCAAAUUCAAUGUUGGUGUGCACUUUUCUUCAAGCACUUAGAAAGCGAGUUUCAGUGCUAGAUGACUGUACCAGAUGCUUUAUACUGUA